ACACGCCUUCUUCUCACACAAACCUUCCUGAUCCCAGCCGCCUAGGCGGACUCCCGAGUGGUGCUACCAGCCCUGCCACUCGCAUUCCGGAUAGGCAGAGGUUGGGGACCGCCUAGCGUUGCACAGAUCGCGAGCCACAGGUUGCAGACGCAGGGAGCCGUGCCCAUGACAGUGGCGCUGUGAGGCUGCUGGUGAGCAGUGGCUGCUGGUGGGUCCCGGAGCUCUGGAAGACAGGAGCGGCCCUGAAAUCUGACACCAGCGCCCUCACUGAGGCUGUUUUCCCGGCUGGCCUGCCAAGACCACCACUAUGACUGAUGGAGAUUAUGAUUAUCUGAUUAAACUCCUGGCUCUUGGAGACUCAGGAGUAGGGAAGACAACAUUUCUUUACAGAUACACAGACAAUAAAUUCAAUCCUAAAUUCAUCACCACAGUGGGAAUAGAUUUCCGGGAAAAACGUGUGGUUUACAACACACAAGGAGUAGAUGGAUCUUCAGGGAAAGCGUUUAAGGUCCACCUGCAGCUUUGGGACACGGCUGGACAAGAGCGGUUCCGCAGUCUCACCACCGCCUUUUUCCGAGAUGCCAUGGGCUUCCUAUUAAUGUUUGAUCUCACCAGUCAGCAGAGCUUCUUGAACGUCAGAAACUGGAUGAGCCAACUGCAAGCAAAUGCUUACUGUGAAAACCCAGAUAUAGUAUUAAUCGGCAACAAGGCAGACCUGCCAGACCAAAGGGAAGUCAAUGAACGACAAGCCCGGGAGCUGGCUGAAAAAUAUGGCAUACCAUACUUUGAAACAAGCGCAGCAACGGGUCAAAAUGUAGAGAAGUCUGUGGAAACCCUUCUGGACUUAAUAAUGAGGAGAAUGGAACAAUGUGUAGAGAAGACACAGGUUCCGGACAGUGUCAAUGGUGGAAAUUCGGGAAAGCUGGAUGGGGAAAAGCAAGCAGAAAAGAAAUGUGCCUGCUAGAGACACUCAUAGGAACCAGUGAUGAAGAGCACACCCAAAUACUAUGUCCUGAAAGAAUGCAAACCACAAAGUUUUUGUUGAGUAGCUCACAAGCAAUGGCAUGUCUUUCUCUUCCUACCCCAAUCUAUUUUGAUAAAACACAAUAGUCAAUAGUGUUAAAAGAACUGUACUGUUAACCCUGGAUCCCUUCCAAACAAAAAUCAAAGUUUUCCUAAUUUGGUAUCACCAUUGUAGAUGCUCGGUUGUAUUUUUAUAAAGAAAUUGUGUGUAUGAGAAGUAUCAGUGAGUUUUAAAUGAAAGCGCAUAUUACCAUAAGCCUGGAGAAAGGAAUCGGCCAACUUAAAAAAAAGAAUAUGAAAGGAUAAAUUCUGUUCGCAUCUAUUUAUGUGGAGUAUGAUUCAUACUUCUGUAUUUGCACUGGAGAAGACAUAUUCCUAAAACUGGACACAUAACAAUGAAUUCUUUGUGGUUUAUUAAGGAUGGCUACAUUUACCCAAUAAGCUGCACUGAUAAGGUUGGGAGAAGAUGAAUGUCAGACUUCCUGUAGGAAAUUGUGUAAUAGCGCCAUUUUUAUAUUUCUCAUAAAUGGCAGAGUGGCAUGAACAGGAUCAUGGAGGAAAAGUAUAAAGUACAUUCCAUGGAGGAAAAUGCAACAUGGGAAUAUGGCAUUUGAAAAGGUAACAUUAAAUGGAUCUUUGAGAUAAAUCUGAGAAAGUGACUUAGCCAAAUUUCAGUGAAGCUGAUAAGAAGCUGGCAUUACCAGUUGGGUUCAACAAUGCCUUCAGAGGCUCCAACUUAAAUGAUUCAAAUUUCUAGCAUUGCUUCUGAUGGUGCCCAAGUUCACAUUUCAUUUUUUAUUAAAUUCUUUCAAAGAGUCACAAGAAAAACUAAAUCAUUUUAUUGAAUAUAUCUUACAAAUGUAGUUAAAACUUAAGAUUUAGUCUUGAAGUUUCUAAACAUAAAAUUUGUUGGUGAUAGAAAGCAAACAGUGAUUAUUAAUUGUGGGUUUUACUCCAUUUUAGAAAAGUGCUAGAAAUUCUAAGUUUUUCCCUCUAAAGCCAUACUCACCCCUGCCCUGAGACAGUUACAGCAAUGAACGUAUGUUCAUGGAUCAAUAACUUCAAACUAAUUAUGGAUCAGUAACUAUGGUCACCUUGAAUUUUUCAUGUUAUCAAUCACCAAAAAUCAGUAAUACCUCAUUCUUUAUUAUAAUGUUUUAUUUUGCCAAGAAGAAAAAUAGCUGUAUUUGAGAUGUUCUUGAGAAAACAACAAGGAUUAAUCUGUGGCUCAUCUAACCAAAACUAUAAUCAGUAGUUUUAGUUUUCCUUGAAACUGUCUUUUCUUUCUGGCAUUAACCACAGAAUUAUUUCCCAUUGCCUUAUUCGUAUCAUUGUGAAAACCCAUUUUGUAUUAGUUUUAUUAACCUUAAUUUGGUGUACAGGUAAGCCAAUCAUAUCAAAGUGGUAUUUAUACUUGUUGGUCAUCUUUACCAAUAGCAAGACAAAUUGCUUCUAGUUUUCUUUAAGCUUAUAAUUAGUGACAGGAUAGUUUCUCAUCCUUUAAAACAUUUUCAAUCUCAAAUGUUUACAUAGUUUGCCUCCUUUGAAAGUUACAAAUAUUACAAAGUAACAUCCCAGUGCCAUUUUAAACCUCUUCCUGAUAACCUCCAUCUGAUAUCCACUCAGUUUCAGAAAUACAAACAUAUCCAAAAACAUGUCUACAAAAAAAUGUUUUUAAGAUAAGUUAGAUCCAGAACUGUGCCGCUAAUCAGCACAAUGUGGAAGCUUGUAUGGGAUUCACCCCUAGUACAAUUCUCUGUGCUAACAGCCCAAUAUCUCCAACGUUUAUGACUGAUUCUAGGUUAGUAUUCCCUUCAAUUUCCACUGUCUGGGGUGUUCUUCUUGAUCUCAAUGCCUGUGCCUUGAAGGGGGAACUCAGUAAAUGUUUUCAACAUGUCUUUUGGACAGAAAAUGGGAAGAAGUGACCAUAGUUAUGGAAAAAUGUGUUGACUGCUGUAAUAUCAAUCUAUUUCUGGUUUUGAUUCAAAUUAUGCUAGUAUUUCCAUAACUGUUUCUCUUGUGUUCCAGUUACACGAUUGAUUUGCUUAUUCCAAGAGUCUUUCACUGUCCUAGUGAAUAUUUUUCAGAACCUGCCAUAAGAGCAUCAUUGAUAACUGUAGCAGAAAGCAGAGGGCCACCCUGAUUAUAAAUAUGGAAAUGUGCCUGUAAGAGUAACAAGUAUUGGGUAAUAAACUCAAGAGUGUUGACAUUUCAAGCUGCCAAAAAUGAAAAUUCUUUACUUAUAAACUCUUGGUCUAGAAAUAUUUCCAUCUAUAAACUUGAACAUCUGACCUUGAAAUCUUUGUGACCAUUGCUAGAAAUUCAUUCCCCUAUGAUUUUCAGAUCCUAGUUCUAUAUAUUUCAUUACAUAACUUUGUAUCGACCAGGUGCCAUGGAUAUUCUUUUUUUUUCUUUUUUUGGGAGGCUCCUGCAGAUUAAUAAUGGGAAUAAAGAUAAGAGAGUGAGUUCAAAUUCUAGUCAGAAACCAAGAUGAAAUAGUUUGAGUAGAUCAGAGUGGGGGAGCAUUUGCCUGAAGUUCUACUUACUGGGGAGCUAAGAGAAUCUAUCUCAUGAGCCUGGAAGUUAGAAGCUAGCUUAGCUCCUAGGGUGGAGGGUUACGGUGGUAGUGGUAAGAGAAGUAGAGUGUGACCCUUUUUCUUUUGCCAUGGAUAUUCUUAAAGAACUCCAUAUUUUUGUCCCACUACAACAUGUAUGUUCAGCUGUUUCCUCUACCAAUUGCCUCCCAAAUGCUUUUAGUGAACUGUAUUUUAUUUUUGAGAAGUAUGUAAUUUACAUGACACUUUUUUCUAUACAGAGACCAAGUCUAGAGUGUUUACACUGGUUGAUGUUUACAUUGCCCAAAUUCAGUGCCUCAAACACAUCUGUGACCAGGUUUGUCUCCAACCACAUAACUCAUUUUCUCUAAUCAUGGGUCUCCAAAAGGCCUCACAGAGACAAAAAUGUAACAGAAUGCCAUGCGAUAUUGUCAACAAAAGAUGGAAGAGCAUUGUUGGCAUCUGGAGAUUAUUGCUACCUUCCCCUAACCUUUCACAUAUUAGACAUUUCUUGAGAGUUAACUAUAAAUUGGUAUAACACUAUUUUUACUCUAACACAAGAAUGGUCUUUUGAAAAAUAUACAAAAUAGUGAAGAAAAUAUAUAUUGGUCUUGAUCUGACUAUUGUAAUGUGUCCUGACUAAGUGGGGAAAAUGCUGAGUGUUGGGAGAUGAACUUGGAUCUCUCUGUAAUAGCUUCAAAACUCAUAAUUUACUACUUAGGCCAAUUUGCUAUAAAUUUACUGCAAAAAAAUCUCCACCCAAAUCAGCAUUUUCUAAAGUACUUUAUCUGUCGAAUUUAACCAGAAAGGGCAUUAUAUGCACCAGUAGGUGGCUUUGUUCUUCUGUACAGCUAUUAUUUGCCAGGCUGUGCAGAUAUAAGAUGACUGGUUAACAAUUUUAAUCAAAGUGUUGUUGUCAUUUGUAUCGAAAGGAAGGAAGGAAGGAAAGAAGGAAGGAAGAGAGAGAGAGAGAGGAAAGAAUGAAGGGAGGGAGGAAAGAAGGAAGAAACUUGGCUAUAAACAACAGGACAACAUUGCAAUAGAUCUAUAAUAACAACCUCAUUCCAAAGACAUUUAAAGCUCCAGAGUGAGUCUUCUAGGACUCAACGGAUUGUAUGAUGCUGGGGCAUCUUCUCAUUGAUAUCCUAGGGUUCUAGUUAGAGGAAGCUCUGUGGUAAUGCCAUGUGUGCCUAGGCAAGCUGAACAACCUGGGAGUGCCUGUGAAGGAGACCAUUCACUCUCCUGUAACUCUCUCUUCUUAAGAAAGAAAAAAAUGCCUUCCUUGCUGAGUAUCACACCCAAUGUUAGAGGACAAAUUGUCAUCAAUAGAGGGUUUUAGAGUUAUGUUCCAACACUUAACCUAUAAAGAAGUAAAGUUCCAAGCCUCUGGCUUGCUAAGAUAUUUAGUAGUUCCUUAAAGAUCUGGAGUGAUACAAGCUCAGAAGUAGGGAAGCUGAGUAGUAUGUUUGGGGACUUGGGUUUGGUCUUCAGGCAACAGGGGGGCAGGGAGAAGAAGAGAGAGUUAAAUUUAGUCAAAGUGAUAGAAACCCUGAUUUCAAUUUCUACAACCAAGCUUUUCAACAUUGAAAGUGGCCUAGUAAGAAAGAAAAAGCUUUAUCAUUUAAAGAGAGCUUUGUCAUUUUUAAAGAUGCAAAGAAACUCUCUACAGUUGCCUAAGCAUUCAUUAUAUUAUAUUUUUCUUCUUGGUAUUUGACCACAGUGAUAUUGGCUCAUUUCUGCGGUGACUUCAGAGAUCUGCUACCUGACUAUGAUUAUUGGGUAGUAACUGAGAAUUAUCUCAAUUCAUUGAGCUGCCUGUCUCAUAGUAUGGAAAUGAUAAACACUGCUGGGUAUAGAGAAGAUUUUAUUUAAAAAAUGUUGUCAUUGAAUUCUUGAGUGGUGUUCAGCAACAAUGACGUUAUUGAUCAAGGACUACAAGAAAAAAUAAGAGUGACAAGCUAGCUAGGUCAGGCCUUUCAAUAUAGGAGAUCAUGGAGAAGGUUGACUUAGGUAGAGAAAGAAAAGAUUUAUCUCUUUUAAAUUAAAUCUGUAGAAAUGCUUUCUCAUUAUUUUAUCUGCUUAGUGGAGUUUAUUAUCUUAGAACUAAGGUAAGAAAAAUGUAUGACUACCAAAUAUUUAGGGUACAUAGAAGUAUUUUAUUUUCUACAUAUCAGUCUGUUAUUUUUAAUAAUUUAUGUUUUAAUUUUCAAGCAGUGACAUUUAAAGAUUCUUUAUUGCCACUUUUCUUUGAACCAACAGUAUAUGGCUGAAAUGUUUUAUAGUUUCAUAAAUGAAAAGAUCAUUAACAAAAAAAAUGAGAAAGAACUACGGUAAAACAUUAGCACUGAAAUGGUGGAACUAUUUAAAAGGACUUCAAGUUGUAGGUAUCACCCUUGGUUUAAAUUUGCUUUUCUGCCUCAUUUCCUUUCUAAGAGGUGGCCAGUAUGUCUUGGCUAACUUAGUUGUUCAAUAUUCAGAGGUCAUCCAUAUUGUGGCUAGUAUCUCUUGGUUAGCUUAGUCAUUCAAUAUUCUUAGUAAAUCCUACAGGAGUCAGUGUACCUGACCUUCACUGAAUGGCUCUCUAUUUAACCAGCACCUGGUGUCCUCAUGUCAAACAUAUAUACUAAGGGACUCAGCUAUAUAUGCUUAUUAUUUUGUUCCAUGUGAUUCUUGUUCCCAGAUGCUCCUUGAUGUACAGUCUGUUGUAGAAAAGAAAACAGCCAGAAAUGACAACUUCAUGACCAUGUGGCUUCUUUCAUACAGAGCUUAACAAACUUUCAUUAACUCAUAGAGUUCAAGUUAGGUUCCAAACAAAGGUACAAAAGAAACUGACCCCUUUAAUAAACAGACACCAUUAUAAUACACUAGGAAUAACAAAUUUUCUCCUAACUUGGGCCACUUGUCAUGGUAAGAUGUAUAGCAGGCCUAACAUAGUAAUUGCAGUAGGCUGCUAAAUGGAUGUCAGUCACCUUGAGGUCACUGCAUUUGAUUGAAAAUGUAUAAUGUAUCUUACUGUUAGGAAAAAAGUAGCUCUGUUUCAAAUAAUGUGUCAUCUUGUAUUUCUUUCAAGGAGACCAAUUAGAUUCAAUGUAGGAUAUUACAAGUUGGUUAAAAUCCAUGUACAAAUAAAAUUUUAUGUCUGAAAGUUUGUUGUAUUUGAACUUAAGAAAAAUAAAUUGUCCUGCUUUACUUUAUGUGCUAAAAGUAGAUUUUCUGACAACACUGAAGUGCUUCAUGGUAUUUCACCAAUUUCUGUUCCAGUAAUAUUAUCCAUCUAUUUAACUUGAGCAUGUUUGUUUUGUCUGCUUUCAAUACUGAUCUCAAUUUUGUCUAAUGCUUUCAAUGUAACCUAAGACUUUGAGUGUGUAUUAUUCAAUGUGUUCCCAAACAGGCAGUGGUUCCAGACAGACACUGUAAGGUCAUUAUUCGUUGUAUCAAAGUUCCAGUGACUUCACAAAUCAUAGCAGACCAUGAUUUUGUGGUGUCUGGGUUUGAGUACUACUGUUGAGAACUACUUAGUGAUUGUCCCUGCACAGUUUUCAAAUAAAAUGGUGUUUUUAUCAAGUA